AUGCGUCGACAGUCUUCUCUUGCUGCGGCGAGAAAGAUAUCGGGUCAGGCUGAGGCCGACAGCUCCGAACCGGAGGUGAAGCCAACACCCAUGCCAGUGCGAUCAUCAAAGGCCAAGACACGCUCUCGACCCCUAGAAGACGCGUCGCCCAGCACGACCAACAGCAAACCAGAGCAAUCCGACGAUGGAGAAUCCGAGGAACCCAAGCCGAAGAGGCGAAAGACCGCCGUCCGGAAGAAGAGCAGCCACGCGCCAUACACCAGCCUUUUCGCCCAAGGAUCACCUUCACCCUCACCCUCACCAACGGCUGUACCCCCGCUGCGAAGCCACGCGCUCCGCUACCAUCGCCCUCUCCUCCUCGACAGCGUCUCACACCGCCGAGACCUUCUGACAUGGUUCGAUUCCGUGAGCACCACCCGUCAAAUGCCCUGGCGCAAGCCUUUUCUCCCCGCCCCCGUCGCCCGUGCCGACCUCGAACGUCGCGCCUAUGAGGUCUGGAUCAGCGAGAUCAUGCUGCAGCAGACCCGCGUCGCCGUCGUCAUAGACUACUGGAACCGCUGGACCGCCAAAUGGCCCACCAUCCAGGACCUCGCUGCCGCCGAGCCCGACCACGUCCUCUCGGCCUGGCGCGGCCUGGGCUACUACAGCCGCGCCACCCGCAUCCACGAGGCCGCCCGCCUUGUCGUCGCAGACGACAAGAUGCAGGGCCUGCUGCCCCAAGACGUGGCCGAGCUCGAGAGCAAGGUCCCCGGCGUCGGACGCUACACCGCCGGCGCCAUCUCGGCCAUCGUCUUCGGCCACGCCGCGCCCAUGGUCGAUGGCAACGUGCUGCGCGUGCUGAGUCGACAGCUCGGCGUCUUUGGAAACGUCAAGACGGACAAGACCACCAUCGACAUGCUGUGGGCUGCCGCCGAUGCCCUCGUCAAGGCGGUCGCCAGCGAUGGCGACACCGGCGGCCGCAGCCGUGACGAUCAGCCCCCUGUGAGCGAUCGGCCGGGGCGGUGGGGACAGGCGCUGAUGGAGCUGGGCAGCACCAUUUGCACCCCCAAGCCGGACUGCGCGCAGUGUCCCAUCACGGCGAGCUGUCGCGCGUAUGCAGAAGGCCUGGCGCUCGCAGACCAGUCCAAGGCCGCUCGUGUGCCGGACAUCGAAGACUCGUGUACAUUGUGUGCGUCGUUUGCCGAUUCAGAGGCCGAGCCUGCCGUGGCAGAGAAGCCGGUCAAGAAAGGGGCAAAGCAAGGGACUCUGUCUGCCUUCUUCAACUCGUCGUCCACAAAAGCCAAGAGCGCUCCGAACGUUGACUCGAAACCGACGCAACGCCAGAUGGAGGCCAUUGUUGAGCAUGCCCGCAAGUUUCCUCUCAAAGUGGUCAAGAAGGCCGUGCGCGAGGAAGACACCCUCGUCUGCGCCAUACGCCGAGCUGAUGGUUGCUUCUUGCUGCAUAAGCGGCCUGAAAAGGGGCUUCUGGCCGGGUUGUGGGAGCUGCCUUCGAAAAUCCUUCCCGACGGGGCCCAGACUUCGAGCGCGCGUGUCAAGAUGGCAAAAGCGCACGUCGCCAGCCUCCUGGGCAAGCAGGCGAGCCUCAAGCAUGCAGGCGAACUGGGUACUGUGCCCUGGCUGUUCUCGCAUCUGAAGCUGACGAUGCAUGUCCAUCUUUUCGAGUUGGCUGGUCCUGAGUCGGCUUCCGGUGGUGAGCGUUGGGCGACAAGUGACGAGGUCGAAGCCGAGUCGAUGGGGACAGGCAUGCGCAAAUGCUGGGCUCUCGUUCAAGACCACGACGUUUGA